AUGUGCGUUCGUCAUCAUCACUGUUACUUUUUUAAUGUGCAUUCGGAGAAUGGAAGUUGGCGGGAAACGGAGGUUUUUAUUUGCCCUGUGUGUGGUGAAGGCACCAGUUCCCCCCUAAUACUUUGUGGUGAAUAUUUAUCAUCAUUGCCUUUAACCCUUUACACGCGUGCAUUUGCGCGCAGACGUUCUGUUCUGGGCCGUUUUUCCGUCUUCUCAUAUAUGGGAGAAAGGGGGGGGGGGCGCCGCUGCGAAAAAAAAACCUCCAAAGGCAGCAACCUCAGGUAUUUACGUGAACUCGCUUUCCUCUUGUUUCCCGCUCACAACUGCGUCGCUUAUUUAACUUAUUUACCAACAACUAUGGUUGCGUUGUGCUUUGUUUCGACACUUUAA